AUGGUGUCCAACCCUGGGUAUGUUGCUCCUCCCCCUUCACUGCCGACUACACAUGCCACACAACCUCCCUCUACACAGGACACAGGUGAGGGAUCCACUGCUGUCCCAGCUGUAAGUGGCCAGCAAUCAUCACAGACACAGGCAUCAUCUAGAUCGCUUCUAACAUUAAGAUGGGAUGGGUUUACUUGUUGGAUUCCACCACAGAAGGGUCUCCACCAGGUGACAGAUACCAUUAAGAAGAUAUUGUUCGAUUCAAUUGGAAAAUUGAAGCAUUUAAGAUAUCUUGACAUCACUGAUUGUUUCUCCGUGAUUGGGAUACCAGUUGGGUUGGGAAAGUUGUGCUGGUUGCAAUUCUUAUCAAUCUUUGCUGUGGGAGACAGCCAAGAAACAAAAUAUGGCACAUUAAAUGAAUUGAAAGACUUAAACCUGAGAGGAGAAUUAAUAAUUCAGGAUCUCGAUCGUGUCAGAGACGUGGCUCUGGAAUCACAUGAUGUAAAUUUAAAAGAAAAAAAAUUCCUUCGAUCCUUGACUCUGAAUUGGUCGCCAUAUGAAGACUGUAACAGUGACAGCUUGCAAUUAUUGGAAAACCUUCAGCCCCACCGUAAUCUCAAGUGUUUGUAUGUCUAUCAUUAUCCAGGCUUGCUUUUCCCUAAUUGGCUUUCUCUCCUCACAAAUGUUGUUGACAUCACUCUCUUUGGGUUUGAUAGUUGUCGUUGUCUCCCACCGUUGGAACAUCUCCCGUCCCUGAAGUCACUUUUGAUGAAGUGUCUUUUUGAAUUGGAAUACAUAUAUCUAUACGAAGAUGGUUUUGCAGUAACCUUCUUCCCCUAUUUGGAGAGCCUCACAGUAGAGAUUUGUCCUAAGUUUAUGGGAUGGCGGAGGCGGGGAGAUGAUAUCAAUGAUUCACAUAAUCUCUCCUUACUUCUCUCAUUUCCUCAUCUUUCUCGAUUAAUUGUCUCUGAAUGUCCACAGUUGACUUGCAUGCCUACUUUUCCAAACGUUAAGAUUUUACAUUGGGAUGAAUGCAGUGCGGAGCCAUUAAUUGCAACACUAAACUCAACAUGUUCAGCUGACUCAUCUUCCUCCGCUGUUCCUUUGUCCAUGCUCAAACAAUUGACGAUUUCUGGUCCUAUGAAUUUACCAAAGGGUUGGAUGCAAAAUCUGACUUCUCUCGAGUCUCUUGAAAUUAGACGGUGUGAAAGUGAAACACUUGAGGAAUUUGAGGACGACACCAACUGCCUUCCUUCUCUGCGAAAAAUCAGCAUAUAUGAGUGUGGAAGGCUAAAGGUUUUGCCAGAUUGGAUUUGCAACCUCUCAUCGCUUCAGCGCAUCAAGAUCUACGGUUGCCCAAAUUUGGCAUCGCUCCCCGAAGGAAUGAGUAGUCUUACCAACUUAAAGAUCUUUGAGGUCAGGGAGUGUUCCCUCUUGAUUGAAGAAUGCAGAAGAGAGACAAGUGUUGUUAGUCGCCAAAUCGCACACAUCCCACAGAUUAUCGUUCGUGAUUACUUAUAA